CUCGUCUCAUAUUUCGAGGAACUUUCAAGCUGUGGCUUUGGGAAGGGACUGGGUCACAGGAAGCUCCUUGAUGCCGGGCAAACCAUGAUCUAUAAAUCUCGUUUUAAAACUCGACUUCUUUCCCCUUUUGCUAGUUGAUUCUGAAUUUCAUUCAAAGCAAAAUGUACAUUCGUAGCGAAAGCCAUUCGUCGCACAUUCGCACCUUCAAUUCCAUCGCUCGAUUAGUAUCAAGUGCCUUACAUGGAGGCUUCAACAGACAAGCUUGCCUCCCCGUUGUUCAAGGAAUGCUCAACUCUAGCAUCUCCUUAGCGAACGAUACGUCUUUCUUCUGGCAAGAUAAUUCAGGCCAUAGCUGGUCCGAUUAUCUGCACCCCAUCGUCUUAGUAGACAUCUGCGAGGAGAUAUGUGGCGGUAGUGGCAUGGGCUGGUAUCCGGAUACUGCCACGCGGUUGCUCACCUGGUUUGUGCCUGGGAUCUUUCUGGUAUCGAGUAUAAAUCUCGCACCGAUUGGCAAGAAGAGAUUUGCUAUGGUGGCGCAUCUCUUUGGGGACCCGAUCCAUUCUUAUUGGUCUCUCCUGACGAAACUUGAGGAUUGGGAUGAGUGCUAUGAUGUAGCUCGAAGUCUUCACUUGAAUACACCUGCACUUGAAUCUAGUUCCUGUUUUUGGCAAUUCCUCCUCCCUCUUCACGCAACUCCAAUCGAUAAAAAAGCAAGGAAUACAGCUGUAAUCAUCGCCGCUAUUAAGGAACUUCUACCCCCAAACUCGAACCUUACUAUCACUUCGAUCAACCAAUGCUCAUGUCUCGACAUCCCUCCAACCAUGCUCAACGAACUAGCAGGCUCCAUCAUCAGCGCUCGGAUAUCAGGCAACAUAACCACCUGGUUCGCAAUUUCGACCUACAUAUUCGGCAUCAUCUGUGCUUUCGUCUCCCAGCUAGGGGGCUCGACAGGAUCAGGUGGACCUUCUGGUGGGAGGAUAGCUCCUGCUAUGUUGCUAUCGUGGUUACUACCUAAUAUCUUGUUAAACAACGAGGUUGGGCAGUUGAAAAGGGAGGAUUGUAUCAGAAUUGUCCGACGACUUGAGGAGAACGCUAGGACAUUGGAAGGGCCGCAUCACCAAGAGUGCCAGAGGAAUUCGUAUCCACUUUUUCGAGAUUGGACAGCGGACGCAAAUGAUGCUGAUUGGGCUAUGUUCUUGAACUCUCAGGCCUGGUCUGGUGGGGUUUAUUCUUGUCAGUUGCAGAAACCUAUGCUCAGCCGGAAAGUCAGAUCUUGGUUCCUUGUCGCUGUCGCUGUUACGUCUGUCUGUGUUUCGUUCAGUAUUGCAUUUGGGGUGCUCUACUCAUUUCCUACUUUCUUUAGCUGUCGGAAUGUCAUGUUUAUUGGUAUCACAUUUGUUUGGCUUAUGGGCCCAUUCCUCACACGUAUUAUCAUGACCAAUGCCUUCUUCGGUCAUGAACUCAGAUCGCGGUGGAGGAUUCUAGUCUGUAAAGACAUUGUUAUCGGGCUGUCCGUCAUAAUCUUGCUCGUGGCUUCAAGUUGCGGAUUAGGAAAUAGCUGUCGAUGCUGGGCCGGAUUCAACAAUAAGAUCAAAGGCGUAGUUUUGGACCCUGGGCAGCAGUUCACGGAGAACAAUGAUUACAUUUAUCCCAUACUCAUUGGGGCUUGCUUGUUUGCUCAAUACCUGGUGUUUAAGACGGCGUUGUACAUUGGAAGGUCUGGGUUAGGAAUCAUGACAUGGAGCUCGAAAGACCGAAGGGCUUCGUUACCUCCUAGAGUUAUGAGUCAAGAUGUGGAAAGUGUUGAUAUUGCAGAUUCAGGGUCAGAGGGACGAGCUAUGCUUGGAGAUGACAGUGUACAUGAACUUGUGGUAUACAGCAAUUGGGAUUGAAUUGGC